CAGGACUCCUCGAGAGACGGAGAAAAGAGAGAAUUUUGGGGGGGUAAGGAGCGGCGGGUUCCGAUCUAAUCCGCAAGCCGUUUAGGCAGCUGCAGUGGCAGAGGCUGGUGAUGGGGUUUGAUUUUCCCCCGAGUACAUGCAUCAUGAAUGAGCCUGCCUCCAGUGGAAAUGGUCAAGAGUUUGAUGUUUUCAGUGCUAUGGACUGGAAGGAUGGCAUAGGCACUUUGCCAGGAAGUGACCUAAAGUUCAGAGUGAAUGAAUUUGGGGCCCUGGAAGUGAUCACAGAUGAAACUGAGAUGGAGAGUGUUAAAAAGGCAACUGCUACCACGACCUGGGUGGUUCCAACUGCUCAAGAAGCCUUCUCAGAAAAGACAGGCAUCUCCACGAGGCUGAAGGAAGCUGCCAAAAUGGAUGGACUUGUUUUCUGUGAAAACUGCUACCACUAUGGUACCAUAGAAGAAUUUGUUCCUGAAGGGAAAUUCUGCAGCCAGAAAUGUGCCCAGCAAGUGAAAAACAAAGAACCAAAGGAGGAGAAGCCCAGCCUGGACUGCAAUGGGGAAGAUGAUUCCAAAGGCAUUCGGAAAAGAAAAGCCAAGUUACCUCUCAAGGAAGAGCCAAGGGAUAAUGAGGAGAAGAAAGAGAGCCCUGAGGAAACUGAAGAGAAACCUGAAGGAAGGAUCUUGAGAGUCUCCCAGAGAGCCAGAAGGAAAAGGAAAGGAGAUAUCCUGGUUUUGAAACAAACUGUACCCUCUAAAGGACGGCAGGCCUGGUGCUGGGCAUCCUACCUGGAGGAGGAGAAGGCCAUUGCAGUACCUACUAAGCUUUUCAAAGAGUACCAGUCUUUCCCAUACAACAAGAAUGGCUUCAAAGCAGGGAUGAAGCUGGAGGGCGUGGAUCCUGAGCACCAGUCCAUGUACUGCGUGCUGACAGUGGCUGAGGUCUGUGGCUACAGAAUCCGGCUGCACUUCGAUGGGUACCCAGACUGUUACGACUUCUGGGUCAAUGCUGAUUCCUCAGACAUCCAUCCUGUUGGCUGGUGUGAGAGGACAGGGCACAAGCUUCACCCACCCAAAGGCUAUAAGGAAGAAGAGUUCAGCUGGCCCUCCUACCUGAAGGCAUGCAAGGCUCAGGCUGCUCCCAAGUCCCUGUUUGAGAACCAGAAUGCAACGGUGAUCCCCUCGGGGUUCCGCGUGGGGAUGAAGCUGGAAGCGGUGGACAAGAAGAACCCAACCUUCAUCUGCGUGGCCACGGUGACAGACAUGGUGGACAACCGCUUCCUGGUGCACUUCGACAACUGGGACGAGAGCUACGACUACUGGUGUGAGGCAGCCAGCCCCCACAUUCAUCCUGUUGGAUGGUGUAAAGAACAUAAAAGGACUCUCAUCACCCCACCAGAUUAUCCACAUGCAAAGCAUUUCUCCUGGGAGAAGUACCUGGAGGAGACCAGCUCCUUACCUGCACCUGCAAGGGCCUUUAAAGUGAAACCUUCUCAUGGCUUUCAGAAGAACAUGAAACUUGAAGUGGUUGACAAGAGAAACCCUGUAUUUAUCAGAGUAGCAACUAUUGUAGAUACUGAUGACUAUAGGAUAAAAGUCCAUUUUGAUGGCUGGGAUAGUAUUUAUGAUUACUGGGCUGAUGUAGAUAGCCCUGAUAUCCACCCUGCAGGCUGGUGUGCCAAGACAGGACACCCCCUCCAGCCCCCACUCAGUCCCUUGGAGCUGGUGGAAGCUUUAGAGCAUGGAGGGUGUCCCACAGCAGGAUGUAAAGGAGUUGGGCACAUCAAGAGAGCAAGGCACGUCGGCCACCACAGUGCAGCCAGCUGCCCAUACUCUGAGCUGAACCUGCACAAGGAGAGCCUCGUCCCGGACCGGCUGAGCGGGGAGAUGCCUGCGGCCUGCCCCGGGCCCCGCGGCAGGAAGGCGGAGGCCAGCGAGGGAUCCACCUCUCCUCUCACCAAUGACAGGAAGUGCCCCAGCCCUGGCCACCCAGCUAUGAAACCUUCAGCUCACAGCCGGCCCCCAGCUGGGAAAACCGCAGCAGAAACAACGAAGCAGGAAGAGGCAGAAAGUAAAUCUCCUUGCAAGAAGCCCCCCCUGUCUGAUGGGAAAGACAAGAAGGCCCCUGGUGGAGUACCCCAAACAAAGGACUCCAUAAAGAGCAAAGAAUGUGGUGAAGAAGAGGAAGAAGAGGAAGAAGAGACAGAAACCAAGCUGCUCAUUUCCAGUGAAAUGAAAGAUGCUGCUGAAGCCCACAGGCAGAGGCUGCUCUCCCAGCCAGUUCUUGUGGCUUCCAAGCUGCAGAUCCCAGGCCUGCCCCUGCGCUGGGAACAGCAGAGCAAGCUCCUGCCCAGCGUGGCUGGGAUCCCAGCCAGCAGAGUCUCCAAGUGGAGUACAGAUGAGGUCUCUGAGUUUAUAAGGAGUUUGCCUGGCUGUGAAGAGCAUGGCAAGGUGUUCAAAGAGGAGCAAAUUGAUGGAGAAGCAUUUCUGCUCAUGACCCAAUCAGACAUAGUCAAAAUCAUGAGCAUUAAACUGGGACCAGCCCUGAAGAUCUUUAAUUCCAUCCUGAUGUUCAAAGCUGCAGAGAAGAACUCCCACAACGAGCUCUGAGGGCCGUGGAAGGGGUGCAGGAGCCAGCCAGCUCCUCUGGAGCUCCUCUGGAGCUCCUCUUCUGUUCAAAGCACAAAGACUGCUGCCCCUGGUGGGGGGAGGACUCAUCCCUGCAGCACUGCUGGGCUGCCCACACUCUCCUGGAGCCAGCACACCUCUGGAUCCCGCUGGCAAGCGCUGGAGCUUUCGAGCAGCUGCCGUGGAGCAGCCCAGGGAGGGUGGAGCUGCCUGCCUUGUGUCCCUGCAGCAGCCUUGGUUGGGUGUUGAUGCUGUGCAGUGGAAGGGAAGGUUGAGGUUUUCUAUGGAUUCAUGUACCCAGUGUUCUUUCCAGAAGCUUUCAUACUCUCAAAAGGAAAAACUGAGGAGCCCCCAAGGCUGGGGGAAACAACCAACAACCAACCCAGGGGAGGCUGGAGGGGAGCCAGGCCCAGGGCUGUGCCCUGGCUGCAGGGUGAAGCCCUUGGUGUGCCCUGGGUGACACUUGCUGCUGCAGCAGGGAGCUUUGCAGAUCCUGGACCUCUCUGUUUGCUUGUGACAAAGCCAAGCCAGCCCUCCCUGGGGGCUCCAGCUGGAAUCCUCCUCCU